UCGGCUGGACUGAAGCAUCCAGGCUGGAGACUGGACACUCUCAGGAAGGAGAACGACUAUCUUGGAAAGAUUUUAUUCACUUCAGCAGUUGAAGUUACAAGUUACUGCGCGCUGGACCUCAAUGUGAACACGCGGUCUGCUUCACAAUAAGGAUGGCCCUGGUGGAGCCUGCUGGAGUCCGAUGGUUGAGACCAGGUCUGAGGAAGUAUUCCUGUCAACUCACAAUCGACACAAACACAGUGAACACAAAGCUCCAACUGUCUGACAACAACAGGAAGGUGACACAUGGGGAGGAGGUUCAGUCGUAUCCUGAUCAUCCAGACAGAUUCGAUGUUCGUCCCCAGCUGCUGUGCACAAAUGGUCUGACUGGUCGCUGUUACUGGGAGGUCGAAUGGGGAGGACUGGUUGAUAUAUCAGUGAGUUACAGAAGAAUCAGAAGGAAAGGAGAGACUUACAACUGUGUUUUUGGAUACAACGAUCAGUCCUGGAGUCUGGACUGCAUUCAAGAUGGUCCUGAUGCUGUCUGUCACAAUAACAGUCGAGCAUCCAUCUCCUCCUCCUCCUCCUCCUCCUUCUCUGUCUCUAACAGAGUAGCAGUAUAUGUGGACUGUCCUGCUGGCACUCUGUCCUUCUACAGAGUCUCUUCUGACACUCUGAUCCACCUCCACACCUUCAACACCACAUUCACUGAAACUCUUUAUCCUGGGUUUUGGUUAGAAAGUGGUGCCUCAGUGCGUCUGUGCUGAGUGGAGUGUAAAGAGUGUCUCCUGUUAGAGAAACACUGACUGUUGAACAGAUAGUUCAGUCUGUACAUGUCUGUCUCUUUCACUCAGAAACACGUUUUCAGAUUCAUGGAUUUAAUCAGUUGAUGUUUGAAACUGUUCUAAAUGAUUAUAAACUUCUUCCUCUUCAGUCCUUUAAAGUUCACAACCAGCUCCUCUGCAUUUCCAACGAGUCUGAGCUCAUUAAAAUGAAUCCAAAUGUUUGAUUUGUCUUUCUUAACCAGUUAAGCCCUAACACCACCAGCAGGGGGGCACUGGGGCUCAAGAAUAAUGUGACUGUCUGUGCCGUCAAGCCUUUUAUGCAAAUACCAACAUGUCUAGUUUCCACAGAAAGCUUAAAAUCUCAGCUAAAUGCGCAUAUAAACCCAAAUCACCAAACACAGCAAAAACAAGCGAUGAUCAAAAGAGCAUUUACAUAAAUCCACCAAAGUGUGCAAAACACCAACAACCAAGCCCAGAAUUUGCCAGACUUCAUGUACCCGUGUAAACAAUGUCUCGUUAGCUAGCAGAGACCUCACAGAUUCCAGAACACCAAAAUUCACUGAAUCAGCCACAAAAGAAGACCACAUAAAUGUGUAGCAGCACAAAUGCUCUAAGACAGAAAGUGCCUUACAGGACAGAUUUCCUCCGCUAUUUUCACCAGUAGACGAUAGCUGCUGUAGCUACAACAUGUCGUGAACCACCAUGAUUUUAUUGACUCAAAUGAUUAAAAAUAGUUGUCAAUCAUGCAAAUCGCUCAAAAGAAGCUGAAGCUGCAGCCCCUCAGAGUUUAAAGUGCUAGAAGCCAUUUAAACAAACCAGGGUGCAGGGUAGAAAGGGCCUGUUGCCUAUGAAAGUGUUGUUAUUCUUCAAAAAUAUUUAAAAAGCAAGCAUUUUUAGGCAUGUUAAUGAAAUUACCCUUUAUGACCGGUUGGAGCUGGGACGCUCCAUUUUGCACAACUAUGUUUUAAAGCUGGUAGAAUUACAACCAUAUAAGCGAGCGCAAUAAUUUUUUUUGCAUAUGAAACUGGAGGAGUUGUACUUACAUCAUCACGGUUUCCUUCCACGUAUGGCUUUGCAAAACUUGCAUAAAAAGCACUUGCAGCAAAAAAAACAUAAUCCAGAAACAGGUUUUCCCGAUCCGAUCAGCUGUUCAUGACACUUCCUAUGUUGGAAUAGACGUCACCACAACCUAUCGCAUGUCCACCAUUACCUGCCCGAAACUGGAAGUGGCGUCAUUUUCGCGGAAAAAUUAUUUUUUUCCUAAAGAGCAUUUACAAAGAUAUGCUGGUGUUUAUCAAAUUAAUUUUUGAGUUUAUGCCUUUCUGUAUAAUUUCUGGGAUGCUUAGAACUCAAAUUACAAUGUUGGAAACAUUUUAUUUUGAUGCUGUUUUUGGGGUUUUUUUUACAAAUUUGUAUUAUAAUAUUUAUUUUCAUUUUUCCUGCAGCAUAUAAAAAAUGGUGCAUCUUAAAAAUAAAACUAUGAAGACACUCAAAAUACAUUUCCUGUGGUUGGAAACUAUUUUGUGCAACUUUUUUGCAUUUACAGUUUUGAGAGAUAUCCCUUUAAAAUUUCUCUAACUAGAAAUAUGUGUAAAAAAAAAAAGAUUUUCAAUUUUUUUUUUUUAGUUUAUUGCACGUUUUUGCAAUUUAUGUAGUUACUACAGACUUAAUACAUACAUAUUAUUACAAUUUGGGAUAUAAUGGUUGUAUUGAUGUAUAGCAACUUGAAAACUAAGCUACCUUAAAUAUGUUUAUUUGCAAUCUCGAGAUUUGCUGCAGCUUGAAUUACUUUCUACGGAGUUGUAGCAGUGCAUUUUCAUGCGGUGGUGAGUUCUCUGUGUGUUUGAACCAAGUUAUGCAAUAUUUGCAUAAUUUGAGUUAUUAGAUAUUAUGUCAUGGAUAUGUAUAUGCAUGCAUGCAUGCAUGUGAAGGUUUAUCAUAUUAAAUAUUGUUUGAGUUUAUAUUAGUUGAACCACUGCUGGUGUGACAUAUAUUUAGUCAACAUAUUUGUUACUACAGACUGCUGGCAACACUGAGCAUUGAGGUGACAAUAAACCAGCUGACUGUGACA